AUGGAGCUGGAAGAUGGGGGGAGCACGUCGGGGAGUGGGUUAGGAAGCCCCUCCCCCCGUCCCAUCGCUGCCAGACGGAGAUCAAAAGGUAAGCAGUGCGAUUCGUUUUACCCUCCCCCUCCCCCAAUUUCCGUCUUUCCAUUCGUUGAUUACUUGCGCUCACUGGACGUUUUUAUCUCCUCCAGCGCGAAGUCCAGAACAAAAUUGUAAGAUUCUUAGAAAACAUGCCGCUAUAUUUAUUCCUGCAAUCACUUUGCGGAUUGAACCGAUGCACGAGGCAUCUUGAUUUUGUCAAUUCUUGUGUGAAAAUCGAAGCUACGAGGGGGGAAUUUGAUGAUGACUCUAUGAUCCUAAACGGACACAUGAUGUUUCCGGAAUCUGUUCACAGCUUUGAUGGGAUUAUGAAGGCAGAUCAGAGGCUAUGUAUCCUCUGAAUGUACCACGGCCAUGGAAAGCUUGUGCAUUGUUACAAUCAAGAUUUCUCAUCACAAUUUCUGGGGAUGAACUGGGAUUCGUCGGAGGAAAAUUGAAAACUUAUAGGCAAUAGAUCAUGCUAAAGAGAUGACGAGAGUGCCUGCAGUAUCAUCUUACGUUUGGUUUGGAUUCCUUUCUGGUCGGUAGUGCCUAAGAGCGCCUUAUUUUUCUUUCUCCUUUUUUUAUCCAGUCCAUUUUUAAAAUUUCGCAUGAAUCUUUUGAUCAUAAUGUCCGGUACACUACAUAUAUAUUUAGAAAUCUUUCCAAAAUACCAUAUGUCAUUGCAUGAUGCUUUAUCUGUAGAGUAUGAAACUCGAUUAAUAAUGACAAAUAAUGCAACGGCUCCUAGAUGCGGAUACAGAAUGAAUCGGUUCUGGAGUAGCACCUCUUUGACUUUUUAGGUUUACGAUUUUUAAUCAAUCAUUGGCAAUCUUGAAAUAUUUACGUUGACCCUAUUGCCAGAUGUAUGCAUUUGAAAGGGUUCCUCCUGGGUAUUGGAGCCUGGUUUGCUGGUCAUUCUCAUUAAGUUCCAGUUCCUCAUUUAUGCUUGAAAUUAAUAAAUAAACUGCCUUAAUCGUGUUAAACAUCUCCAUUGCUUCUCGUGCUCACUGACUCUUAUCUAAUGAAUGUUUCCAGCUUUCCAUAGGUUCACUCAACAGAAUCUACCAGCAUGUAAACCUAUCUUGACACCUGGAUGGGUGAGCAUAACACCUUUGUCAAAAUACUUUGGUUGAAUUUCGUAGUGGCUGCAUAAACUAGAGUAUCUUGAUUUUUUUAAUUUUUUUUUACAGGUUAUUACUAUCUUUCUGCUGACGGGGAUCAUUAUCAUACCUGUUGGUCUUGUUGCCCUUCGGGCUUCUCAGAGCGUAAUAUCUUCUUUUUUAUUUUCAUAUACAUACAUGCAUUCAUUAUUUCACAUGUUUUAUAUUUCCUAGGACUUGCGUUGCUGCCAAAGGGAAACAUGAUGUAUGAUGAUGACCCUUUUUUUCUUUACUUUUCUCCUGCAUAGACUGUGGAAAUUGUGGAUCGAUACGACAAUGAUUGUGUACCUGAGGAAUUCAGAGCCAAUAAGCUGUCUUACAUCAAAGACAGCUCCAUUUCAAAGAACUGCAGCAGGCAAUUGAAGGUGAUUCUGUUAUUUUCUCUGUAGAUAUUUUUAUCUUGAUUUCACUUCUGUAUUCCAUCUCCAAGGACCUAUCAUAUAUCCUCCUGAUAGAAGGAUAUGAUAUCCGUUCAUUCUCUAAAUAAAAAUUUAAAGGACAAUACUUUUCAAGGGUAGGAUCUGGAGUAGGAGAAUCAGUGAAAGCAUGUUGAUAAUUUCGAAAUUGCAUUUGACUAUGUGGGGUUUCUUAAAACGGUGAGAUAUGAUUUGGAUUCUUCUCAAUUUCUUUGUCAUUGAUAUUCAUUAUCAUUUUACCUUCCAAUAGUGAUUAUGUGGAGUGGAGAAACUGUAAGAAACGGGAGAUGGAGUGUGAUCAUUGUCAAUUAGUUUCCCCUUCUUGAUCAGUUGAACAAUGCCAAUGUAAUGGACAAAGUGUGCCGAAAAAUAUUUUAAUACAUUAUGUGGGUUUGAAUCUAGGAAGACCACACUAUUAAUCUCCAAGGACCAUUGGCCUCAUGAAUGCACCCUGGAAUUGUUAAUCGAUGUGUUUUUCCCCUGGUUUAUUUUCGUAUAUUAUGAAAUACUGCGGAUCAACCCUAGAUUGGCUUACUUCCACUAGCUAUGUGGUUUCCAUAUUUGAUAUAUAUGAAAGAAUCGUGAUCAUGACAUUAGAACCAAGAUAUAUGGCGGCCCCAUUUCUGUCAAACUGAAUUGAAUGCUGAGGUAAAUAAAAUGGUGCCACCGCUAAUAGCAAAUAAAUUGCCGUUCAAUAAUUUUACUGGUGUAAAAUGGAGUUUGUGUAAAUAAAAUAAUGCAUGCAUUCAAGUCCUGAUAUUGAUCAUUGCUGCGCAUGAAAACCCUUGCUUAGUGAUUGAAUGGAAAUGUUAUAACGUAGAUGAAAUCCAGCUCUUAACUUCCGUUGCUGCAGUGGAACGCAAUGCAAAAAGCUAAGGAAUCGAGAUACUCAAUCCUCUGAACAAUGCAAUCUGAGACCGGUAUAAAAAAUUUAAAGACUUCAGAUUAUGUACCUGCAGUCUUUGCUCGUUUUAUAUCCGCUAGAUGCCUAGGGAAAUUCUCUGCUUACCCUUCUAGAACCACCCUUGAUCAGCUUUCAUCAAAGAAGCAUCGCUAACUUUGACUGAAAUAUGCCACGGUCUUCCCUGUUAAGAAAUAGUGCAGUAUCCUCUGCUGUCCUCCAUAUCCAUCUGCUUGCGUUCAUAGCUUUUCUCUCUGGCUGUGUUCUGAUUCCUGCUACGGCCCUGAAAAGUCACUCUAUACCUAUUUGAUCCCCCAAAUUAACUUGCAGGAUCUUGAGUAAAGGGAGUUUUCCUUGGUCCUGGUAAAGGGACAACCUUGAGAGAUGGCCAUAUUUGCCUCCUGUAUUUUACGAUUUGCAUUGGAACCUCUAGAAUGGGUUCUAGGUAUAUAUUCUGCAUGGCAAACCUCCGAGAUAACACUUGUGUAGAAUGAUAUGAAUCUGUGAAGGAAAACACUUUGGUACUGGCUCCCGAUCCCUGUGGUGAAGUUGGAUCACAUCUUGGGCAAUGCAUCCGAUUUUUUUUAGAAUUUUUUUUUUCUCUCGAAUUGAAUAAUCUUUUAGACAAUAUUUGUAGAAGAUCGACGUUCCCAUUGUUUUUUCAUUUUCUUUCUUAGACUGGAAGCCAUGUCCAGUACGCCGGCAUCUCCCUGUGGUGAUUGGUAUUUGUGGAUCAUGCUUUUUUCUUUUUCUUUUUUUUUUUUGUUGUUCUUCCCUGCUAGGUUUUCUUCAGACCAGUUCUUUCGCCAACUUGUUUGCAGGUGAUGAAGCGUAUGAAAGCUCCAAUCAAUGUCUACUACCAGCUUGAUAACUUUUACCAGAAUCACCGGCGGUGAGGCUUUCUGUUCUCUUAGCUUUUAAAAUCAAUAAAAUGUAAUAGACAUAAAUAUUCUAGUAAAAAAUUAAAAAAAAGAAAUGCGUCAGCCCUAAUUUAUGUCGAAUGAACUGUAUAAAUGCACUCAUGAGCAGUCUUUAGAAAACAUAAAAUAAUUGUUAAUAUAAAUCUAUGACAUGGGAUUUUUCAUCUUUCAACCAAUCCUUGAGCUAUACAAUUUGCUAAAAUUAUUGUCUGUGAUGCUUUCUCACUGGUCCUGAAUUCAUCUGUUAAGGCGAAGCAUGCUCGGUUUUGUACAAUACAAGGAACACAAUCUGUGACUGAUCAUCAGGAUGAUAAUUCGUCGUUGCUCUGUGGUUCUCUCCUUUCAUUCUUGAAGUCAACGGACUAAAGCUCUCAGCUUUCCCAGGUAUGUGAAGAGCAGAAGCGACCCACAGCUCCGAAAAGGGCUGCAUCAGGUGGACACCGGUCCCUGCAAGCCGCAGGAGACCAGUAAUGGGCUUCCAAUUGUUCCCUGCGGCUUGAUUCCUUGGAGCUUGUUCAACGAUAGCUUCGCAUUUGCCCGUGGAAAAACCGCGGUGAAUCUCAGCAGGAAGAACAUCGCCUGGAAGAGUGACCGAGAGCACAGAUUUGGGAAAGACGUCUACCCCGUCAACUUCCAGAACGGAACGCUGAUCGGAGGAGGGCGGCUCGACCCAAGUCUUCCUGUAAGUCAACGAAACUGCGGAUAGCUCUCUGCGGAACUCAUAUGAGUUCUUACCCGCCGAUGCAAAUCUUCAUCUUUUCUUUCUUGAUUCUGUGUUUUCUCAGCUGAGCGAGCAGGAGGAUCUUAUCGUGUGGAUGCGCGCUGCGGCCCUCCCCAGCUUCCGCAAGCUCUACGGGAGGAUCCUGGAGGACUUGAACCCAGACGACUUGCUGGACGUGUGGCUCGUCAACAACUACAACAGCUACAACUUUGGAGGGAAGAAGAAGCUUGUUCUUUCCACGUCGAGCUGGUUGGGGGGGAAGAAUGAUUUCCUCGGCGUAGCCUGCGUCUCCACAGGCAGCUUCUGCAUACUGAUUGCCGUCGCCUUCGCGCUGCUCCACGUGAGGAACCCAAGGUGGGUCUGGCCUGUGUUAUCCUAAAAAGUCAACGGUCUUGAUGCUCGAUCAAGCACCGGAGAAGCUGGUACUGGAGCUUGAGCUCCCCUUUCUCUGAUCUUCCGCCAUUGACCCGGGCAUCACUGUGGCAGGCCCUGCGCGGAUCCCGCUUUGCUGUCGUGGAGCAGGAAGAACGGCGCUCUCUGA